AUGAGUGAUAAAAGGCCCCUCCAAAAACCGCAAAGAGAUGCAGUCACUAGAAUACACACCUGGAAGGAAGAUGAUUAUUAUGAGAUCCUUGGUGUAAAACCAGAUGCAUCUCUUGAUGAGAUCCGGACACAGGGCAAGAAGCUAUUGAUGCUUACACAUUCCGAUAAAAAUCCAGAUAAAGACGCUGAUGCGGCUUUGACAAGGGUCAAAAACGCGUCCGAUGUUCUUUCGGAUCCAAACAAACGGAGAGAAUAUGAUGAAAAGAGGCGGAAGACUGGCGCGCCAAAACAAGGGGACCUGGGUGAAAGUUUUGCACCUGGAGCAUGGGGAUCAGAAGACGCUGACGACUCCGAUGAUGAAAGCAAAAUGAGUGAUAAAAUGCAAGAUAUAAUCAACAAGGCCAGAGCAGCGGUCGAAGGAUUAUUAGACGGAAAUGAAGAGCUUGCCAAGGAAUGUAACCAAAUCAAUGAGUCGAUAUAUCGGCAAAACAUAGCCGACGACGUUUUCUUCAGCAAGUACCUUCUUCCAACAAACUUUUUAUUGAAAACGAGCCGAGAACGUCAGAAGUUGGUAACCACUAUUGGAUCCGAUAAAGAUCCCGACAAACAGAAAGACGCGCGAAAGGAACUCGAGACGUUGAAAGAGAAAGUGAGAAAUCAUUUGUGCCAGUGCGAACUCCCUAUGACAUGGACUUUCACAAUCCCCCAAUCCCCGAGUCAACCUAAGAAGAAUUCUUCCAGCAAGUCACAUGCGUCAUCGAAAAAGAAGACGGAUUCAACGCGCGAUCCAGAUGCCAUGGACAUUGACGAGCCCAAAUCGAACUCGCAGCUUGGAGAUCUGAUCACAUGGAAAAAGAUAAUCGGCCACAGAUCCAGGGUAGUAUCAUCCGCAAGAUUGGAAAAUGGCCAACCUGUCGCAGUCGAGAUUCCAACAGAGUUCAUUGUUGAGCAAACAGACGGCUUGAAUUCAAUCGCAAUCGCACACCCGAGUACAAUAACCCGGGACGCAAUUGACGAAUACAUGACUUCAGAAAAGAAAGAACGCAUCAAUGGCAUUGAAAAAUCGUAUAACGAGGAUGACGCGUGUACAUUUCAAAAAGUGUUGGGGAUUGCGCGCAAGUUUGCUAGAGACAACCCUGAUCACCUCCGUUUUAUGGUCAUUCAGGUCCAACGUACCAAUGGAGAGAAGGUACUCCUUAACAAAACAGCCUUCAUCAAAGUCAAGUCUCGAUCCGAAGGCGAAGACGCCAUUGAUAAUUAUCUUGAAAGUAUUGGCGAGGCUCCUAAGCCACGAAUGAAAAGUAUCGGGUAUGAUGAGCGCCUGCACAAGCUUGAGAUGGAAGUGUUUGACAAGGAUGAUCCCUCCGAUUGUGACUCAAUCAACCAGACUAGCAACUACGUGGACUCACAUCGUCGUCGUCGUCGUCGUAAGAAUCGGGCGAAACAUAAUGAUAGAUAUGCAAGCAGAAGUAUCGCCGAGCCAAACUACAGCAGUGAUGAAGAUGACUUCAACAGUCGGCUAGCUAAGCUAGAACUUCUGUUGCCCAAAUGA